UCGCUUGGGUGUCACAAUCAGCCACCCCAGCGCCCGUUGGAGUGUCCCGAAGGCAGGGGACAGGACUAGUGCGUACCGAAACCACCGGUCGCCCACACGCACCCUCAACGCUUCAAUCAACAUCAUCGAUCAACAACCAACCGUUUUUCAAAAGCAUUCAAAAAACACACACACAUACAUACACAAAUACAGACACGCAAAAAUCCUUUCGGCUGACGUGGUGACGUAAGGGGUUGUUCAACAUACAUCCGCGCGCGCACACACACACACACAAUCACACAAAACACAGUGCGGUUGCAUGUUUCCGUCGGUGCACUGUGUUUGUGUGUUCGAUUGCUACCCUCUUCCCCCUUAACAAGUACGCCACACACCAUGGCAGAUCUUACGAGACCGCCGCUGUGUGACAUCAAGCGACCCGAGGAAGUGGUGAAAAUGUCGAUGACGGACAACCUCAAGUUCGCCGUCCUGAUCGGGCUGAUCGAGGUGGGGCAGGUGUCGAACCGGGAGGUGGUCAACACGGUGCUGCAUCUGCUGGUCGGUGGCGAAUUCGACAUGGAGCUCAACUUCGUCGUGCAGGACGCGCAGAACGUGAAACACAUGCUCGAGCUGCUGGAUCACUGUCCGGCCAACCUGCAGGCCGAGGUGUGGAGCGUGUUCAUCGCGAUCCUGAAGAAGAGCGUCCGCAACCUGCAGGCGUGCACCGAGAUCGGCCUGAUCGAGCAUGUGCUGGCACGGUUGCAGCAGGCCGAACCCAUCGUGGCCGAUUUGCUCAUCGAGAUGCUUGGUGUGCUCGCCAGUUACAGUAUUACGGUGAAGGAGCUGAAGCUGCUGUUCGGCGCAAUGAAGGCGGUGAACGGGAAAUGGCCCCGCCAUUCGGCCAAGCUGCUGAACGUGCUGAAGCAGAUGCCGCACCGGAACGGACCUGACGUGUUUUUCAGCUUCCCAGGCCGUAAGGGUUCGGCAAUCGUGCUGCCACCGUUGGCGAAAUGGCCGUACGAGAACGGAUUCACUUUUAGCACCUGGUUUCGGCUGGAUCCGAUCAACUCGGUUAACAUAGAGCGUGAAAAGCCCUACCUAUACUGUUUUAAAACGUCCAAGGGUGUCGGUUACACGGCACACUUUGUGGGCAACUGCCUGGUGCUAACGUCCAUGAAGGUGAAGGGUAAGGGUUUCCAGCACUGCGUCAAGUACGAGUUUCAGCCGCGCAAGUGGUACAUGAUUGCCAUUGUAUAUAUCUACAACCGGUGGACGAAGAGUGAGAUCAAGUGCCUGGUGAAUGGGCAGCUAGCGUCAAGCACGGAAAUGGCCUGGCUAGUGUCGACGAACGAUCCGUUCGACAAGUGUUACGUUGGCGCCACGCCGGAGCUGGACGAGGAGCGCGUGUUCUGCGGACAGAUGGCCGCCAUCUAUCUCUUCUCGGAGGCACUAACCACGCAGCAGAUCUGUGCAAUGCAUCGGCUCGGCCCUGGCUACAAGUCCCAGUUCCGCUUUGACAACGAGUGCUAUCUGAACCUGCCGGACAACCACAAGCGGGUGAGUGAGGCGAAAGCCAUCCUAUCGUCGCUUUCCCCAACGCCACUGGCUCCGACCGAGUCCACUAUCCAUAGAACGCUCGUGAGUGGUAGCACUGCUGCUGCCGCCGCUGCUGCUACUAGUGCCGCCGCUGCCGACCACCACCCAUCCUCGUUUUCCUCAUCCACGACCGUGGCCUUGGCCAGUCCCGGUGUUGCGCUUGCUUCCGCCGCCCCGGGCUCCGGUGGCGAACCGUUUGAUUUAGUAUCCGUACUGUACGAUGGCAAACUGUCCAGCGCUAUCGUCUUCAUGUACAAUCCGGUCGCUACCGACGGUCAGCUGUGCUUACAGUCGGCUCCCAAGGGCAAUCUGUCGUACUUCGUGCACACACCGCACUCGCUAAUGCUGCAGGACGUAAAGGCUGUCGUGACUCAUUCCAUCCACUGUACGCUGAAUUCCAUCGGCGGUAUACAGGUGCUGUUUCCUCUCUUUUCCCAGCUUGAUAUGCCUUACGAAGGCACAGAUGUGCGAAAGGAUCCAACGCUAUGUGCCAAAUUGCUUGGAUUCAUUUGCGAACUCGUCGAAAGUUCACAAACGGUACAGCAGCACAUGAUACAGAAUCGUGGUUUCCUGGUGAUAUCCUUCAUGCUUCAGCGUUCCUCCCGCGAUCACCUCUCGCUAGACGUGCUGGGAUCGUUCCUGAGUCUUACCAAGUAUCUGGUGACCUGCCUGUCCGCCAACUCGGAUCUCUUGCUCAAACAGCUCUUCUGUUUCUCUUUCCUAACCUGGCAGCUGCUAGAUCACGUGCUCUUCAAUCCGUCACUGUGGAUCUACACGCCCGCGACGGUACAGGCCCGCCUGUACGCGUACCUGGCGACGGAGUUCCUCAGCGACACGCAGAUCUACAGCAAUGUGCGGCGCGUCAGCACCGUCUUGCAGACGGUGCACACGCUCAAGUUCUACUACUGGGUGGUGAACCCGCGCGCCAAGAGCGGCAUCACGCCGAAGGGUCUCGAUGGGCCCCGGCCGGCCCAAAAGGACAUCCUUGCGAUUCGUGCGUAUAUCCUGCUGUUCCUGAAGCAGCUAAUCAUGAUCGGCAACGGCGCGAAGGACGAUGAGCUGCAGAGCAUCCUUAACUAUCUGAUGACGAUGCACGAGGACGAGAACCUGCACGACGUGCUGCAGAUGCUGAUCUCGCUUAUGUCCGAGCAUCCGAGCUCGAUGGUGCCGGCAUUCGACGUGAAGCAUGGCGUGCGCACCAUCUUUAAGCUGCUCGCCGCCGAAAGUCAGCUGAUACGCUUGCAGGCACUCAAGCUGCUGGGCUUUUUCCUGUCGCGUAGCACGCACAAGCGCAAGUACGAUGUGAUGUCACCGCACAAUCUGUAUACGUUGCUGGCCGAACGGCUGCUGCUGUACGAGGAGUCCGUCUCGCUGCCGACGUACAACGUGCUGUACGAGAUUAUGACCGAGCACAUCUCGCAGCAGAUACUGUAUGCCAAGCAUCCCGAACCGGAAAGCCACUACCGGCUGGAAAACCCGAUGAUCUUGAAGGUGGUGGCCACGCUAAUCCGCCAGUCGAAGCAGUCGGAGCAGCUGAUCGAGGUGAAGAAGCUGUUCCUCUCCGACAUGACGCUGCUGUGCAACAACAAUCGCGAAAACCGGCGCACCGUGCUGCAGAUGAGCGUCUGGCAGGAGUGGCUGAUCGCGAUGGCGUACAUCCAUCCGAAGAACUCGGAGGAGCAGAAGCUGUCCGACAUGGUCUACUCGCUGUUCCGCAUGCUGCUCCAUCACGCGAUCAAGUACGAGUACGGCGGGUGGCGCGUCUGGGUGGACACGCUCGCGAUCGUACACUCGAAGGUGUCGUACGAGGAAUUUAAGCUGCAGUUCGCGCAAAUGUACGAGCACUAUGAGAAGCACCGGACGGACAACAUUACCGAUCCGGCGCUGCGCCAGCAGCGGCCGAUCAGCACAAUCAGCGGCUGGGAGCACGGUGCGAACGGGAGCACCGGUGCCGGCACCGGCAAAGAGGGCGAGCUGGACAUGCACGGCAAGUGCGUGAAGCAGAUGGCGGUACCGCCAGGGACGGCGGUGGCGCCCGGGUGCGUUUGCGAGCCGGAAACGGGCGAAACGAUGAUCGACACGAGCGUGAUGGUGAAGCAGCAGCAGGCGAUCGCGUUUCAGGACGCGCCGGCGGGCAGUAAUGGUUACGUGCGGGGAGGCGAACCGGACCUGCUCGAGGAGGACGAAACUUGCCUGGCGGAUGACCCGCAGGAUGGGAUGGACGGUGAAGAGGAGGAAGAGAACGACGACGUCGAUGGGGUGGAUGAGGAAGAGGAAGAAGUGGAGGAAGAGGAAGAGGAUGAAGAGCAGGAUGAGGAGGAAGGAGAUGAGCAGCGAGCGUUCAGUAGUGGGCAGCAACAGGCGCCUGGCAGCGAACCGGCCGCCGGCAGCCAAACGUCAGCCACCAAUACCAACACCACCACCACCGAGCAUGUGGUGAAAACGAUCGUCGAUGAAAUCAUCGACAAGUCGGCCAAUAUGCUGGUGGAGCAGCAGCAGCAGCAGCACGGUGAGACCACAGAGGCACCGGCCGAACCGACCUCCUCGCCAGUGAUCAAAGACGAGGAGAUCGAGCUGGCGGUGAACGAGGUCGUAAAGAUGAACCAGAACUCGCUCAAACCGGUCGAAGGGGAAGGAGGCGAUAUGGAUGCUGGCGCCGACAGCAACCAGCAGUGUGGCGACGAAUCGACCCGCGGCAGUGUUGAGCCGGUCGGCACGUCGGAACCGUCCACCGUCAGCAGCUCGCCGUCAGUUGUGUGCGUCAGUGAUAGGUCAAAUGAUAGAGCGACCGUGCCAGCGUCGCCGGUGCUGCAGGGCGAACCGGACGCACGGAAGGUGGCUGCCGCAGUGGACAGCAUCGUGGAGGAGCUCCUUGAUCGGUGCUUCCCUGCAUCGGAGCAGGAGGAGGGUGACGGUGCGACGGCACUUGCUGCCGAGAUGCAGGAGGUCGUGGAAUCGAUCAUAACGGAUGCGGUCGAGAAGGCGGAGAAAGGCGCAAGCACUGCAGUGGUCGGCGAGCAACAGCAGGAUGGCAGUGCUACUGAUGUGCAGCGCCACCACCAUCACCAUCGUCACCAUCCUCACCAUCAUCAUCACCAUCACCAUCAUCAUCACCAUGCUCACGAGGGCGAGGAGCAUCAGCGCAUUUCCGUGGUGUCAGAUGCGAUGGAGGGUAUGGCAAUCAGUGAGAAGCAGCGCGCCGGUGGCAAGAGUUUGAUCGAGGAGGACGAAGAAGAAGUGGAAGAAGAGGAGGAUGAAGAAGAGGAAGAGGAAGAGGAAGAAGAGGACGAUGAUGGGGAGGUAUUGGUGGCCGAGACGGAGGAACCGCUCGAUGCUUCCGAUGAGCGUGCUGGUGGUGCUGUCAGCGUAGACACUGCCAGUGACGGAGCCGCUGCCGGUACGGCGGAUAGUGGCAAACCGAACAGCAAUAGUACGAUCAGUGCCGGAUCCAAGCGUGCCGUUAGCGUGUCCACCAAUACACAACAGUAUCUCGAUGCACAAUCGCACCCGAAACAAGCCGCCCAGCCGCUGCAGCAGCAACCGACAACGGCCUCACAAACGCCACCGGUGCAACCGAUGAGCUACGAAGGUGGCAGUAGUACCGCUGGCGGUGGUGGUGCCAAGCGUUCCAAGUCAUCAUCGACACGACCCAUGUUUUCGCCCGGCCCGACCCGGCCCCCGUUCCGCAUCCCGGAGUUUAAAUGGUCCUACAUCCAUCAGCGUCUGCUCUCCGACGUGCUCUUCUCGCUCGAAACCGACAUCCAGGUGUGGCGCAGCCACUCGACCAAGAGCGUCCUCGACUUUGUCAACUCGGCGGAGAAUGCCAUCUUCGUGGUCAACACGGUACAUCUGAUCUCGCAGCUGGCGGACAAUUUGAUCAUUGCGUGCGGUGGGCUGCUGCCACUGCUGGCCAGUGCCACCUCGCCCAACUCCGAACUGGACGUGCUCGAGCCGACGCAGGGCAUGCCGCUCGACGUGGCCGUCUCGUUCCUGCAGCGGCUGGUCAACAUGGCGGACGUGCUGAUCUUUGCCAGCUCGCUCAACUUCAGCGAGCUCGAGGCGGAGAAGAACAUGUCGUCCGGCGGCAUACUACGCCAGUGUUUGCGGUUGGUGUGCACCUGCGCGGUUCGCAACUGUCUCGAGUGCAAGGAGCGUACGCGCGGCCUUUACAACGGCAUGUCGCUGAAGGACAUUCCGGGCGGGGUGCAUUUGCAGGCGCUGAUACGCGGUGCCCAGUCAACGUCCAAGACGAUCAUCGAGUCGCUGUCCGGGCCGAUGAGCCCCGUCAAGGAUCCGGAAAAGCUGCUCCAGGACAUGGACAUCAAUCGGCUGCGGGCGGUCAUAUACCGCGAUGUGAAACGACUCUUUCAGGAGGAAACGAAGCAGGCACAGUUCCUGUCCCUCGCCAUCGUGUACUUCAUCUCGGUGCUGAUGGUGUCGAAGUAUCGGGACAUCCUGGAACCGCCGGUCGAGCUGCAGAUACACCGCAACUCCUCGCCGGUCAUCCAUCGCUCGACGCCAACACAGGAGUCAAGCAAUAGGCCACUGUUUCCGCAAUGGUCGCACCACGUGUACCCACAGUUCCUACCCGGAUCCCAUCCGAACCACCAGCCGACGAUCGUGCACGGCAGCAGCAACACCAUCACCUCCUCCUCGUCGCAAACCAUCUCAUCGUCGUCCGGCUCCUCGUCCGCCGGCGGAUGUGGCAGCCUGCUUAACAGCAACAACAACAACAACAACAAUAACAACAACAACAAUAGCAACCUUAUCAACAACAACACUUCAGGGGGUAGCAUAAACCACAAGGACGUUGCCGGGGCCAGCGUGAACGGGAGCAGCUUGCCACUGUACUACGGCCAUGCAGCAACUGCCACGAACACGACAACCAACAACACACUGAACAACAACAACAACAACGGACAGGGCUUCGGUACCGGGCCAGGCAAUUGUAUCUUCACCAGCGAAAUGCUCAACUGCUACUCACCGGCUGCUGCUGCCGCCGCCGCCUCUGCUGCCGCCAUCGCCGGUGGCCAUCUGCAGCAGCCCCAGCACUACACCCAGCAGCAGCACGGACUCAACAACAACUCUCUUACGGCGCUAGUUAAUACGGGAGGGGUCGGCUCGUACGGUGCAGGUGGCGCACCGGUCGUUGGGCUGCGCGCUGUCGGACGGACUGCUGGAACCACUGUCACUACCGGUCUGCACAAUGGUGUCGGCGUUGGUCACGGUGGCAAGCUAUCGAAAGGAACUCAAUCCAUGCAAGAAGGUGAUUACGAGGUGAUAGUAGUCGACGAGAACAACUCCUCCGUUAUAGCGGACAACGAUUCACACUCCAGUGGUCCACUGUCGAUAAAGGCCGUAACUUCCGCUAGCAACUCGAGGCGUACGUCGACGGUGAAACAACUUCAUCCGACCGAUCAUCCAGGGCUACCUGUGGCAGCUAACACAGGCGAACCGCACCUUCAUUCCUGCUACCAGCAGCCAAUGCUCUCGUCGGUCGGUCUGACCGGCACCAUGGCCACAGUUAUAGCACCGUCCGCGACAGCAACCAUCGCCGUAAGCGACGAACGUUCGGAGCUAGCGCAGCGUGCAGUGCCCCAGGGACAGGUGAAGAGCGUGGACUCCGAUGGCGGUUCGCUGAAUCUGAACUCGACCGAGAACGACCCGCAGGAAGUGGAAACGUCGAGCGAAAUUAUGCCGGAUGAUAACAAACCGACGAACUCGAACGACGAAAGCUGGACGGACGUGAACCUGAACGACGAUGGGGCGAGUGAGUUGAAGCCGCCGCGCACGGACGGUGGUGCGUUGGGCAUCAGCGGUGUGCCCGGCAGCAACGGUAGCGGUGUCGGUACGGGCGCGGGAAGCCUCGGCCCGAUGCCCAGCGCGCUUAGUGGCCGGAUGGAUGGCGUCACGGGAGCGGGCGUGAACCUGGGCGGUGGGGCCGUCGGUACCGGCGGCGUGAAGCACGAGUCGGACAUUGCCGUGGUACGCGUACCGGACGGGUACGGUGGCCAGGUGGUGGGUCCGACCGGGGUUUCGGUACGCGGCCGGCCGGAGGAUCUCAACCUCAAGGCGCCGUUUGUGAGCCAGCUGCCGCUAGCAAUACCGUCGCGCGAGGCCAGCCUCACUCAAAAGCUGGAAAUAGCGCUCGGUCCAGUCUGUCCGCUGUUACGCGAAAUCAUGGUCGACUUUGCGCCGUUCCUGUCAAAAACGCUCGUCGGCUCGCACGGCCAGGAGCUGCUGAUGGAGGGCAAGGGGCUGACGACGUUCAAGAACAGUCAUUCGGUGGUGGAGCUGGUGAUGCUGCUCUGCUCGCAGGAGUGGCAGAAUAGUCUGCAGAAGCACGCGGGCCUCGCGUUCAUCGAGCUGAUCAACGAGGGCCGGCUGCUGUCGCACGCAAUGAAGGACCACAUCGUGCGGGUCGCGAACGAGGCCGAGUUCAUACUGAACCGCAUGCGGGCGGACGACGUGCUAAAGCAUGCUGACUUUGAAUCCCAGUGCGCCCAAACGCUGCUCGAGCGGAGGGAAGAGGAGCGCAUGUGCGACCAUCUGAUCACGGCGGCCCGCCGCCGGGACAACGUGAUCGCGAGCCGGCUGCUGGAGAAGGUGCGCAACAUCAUGGGCAACCGGCACGGAGCGUGGGGCGACAUGAACGCGAACUACCAGAAGCAAAUUUUCUGGAAGCUGGACGCGUGGGAGGACGACGCGCGGCGCCGAAAGCGCAUGGUGCAGAACCCGCGCGGCUCCAGCCAUCCACAGGCGACGUUGAAGGCGUCGCUCGAGAACGGUACGACCGGGGGAACGGCGGCAGCGGCCACCUCCAGCACCGCCAGCACCGCAGCAGCCAGCGCAGAUGAAGCGGUCGGUGGUGGGGACACGACGACCCCGACCAGUGCCCGACUAGCCGGUGGUAGCGGUGGUGUGGCGCGGGAGGAAAUCUACUCGCAGAUUGCGGUUCCCCGGUCGCAGCAGCCGGACCUGCUGGACGAUUCGGAGCUGCUGAUCGAGGACCGGGAGCUGGACCUCGACCUGACCGGCCCGGUCAACAUCAGCACGAAGGCGAAGCUGAUCGCGCCCGGUCUGGUGGCGCCCGGCACCAUGUCAAUUACCUCCACCGAGAUGUACUUCGAGGUGGACGAGGAGAACGGCGAGUUCCAGCAGAUCGACCAGGAGGUCCUGAAGUACUGCGACCAUCUGCACGGCAAGUGGUACUUCUCCGAGAUACGGGCCAUCUUUUCCCGUCGCUAUCUGCUGCAGAACGUCGCGCUCGAGAUCUUCCUUGCUAGUCGCACCUCGAUCUUGUUUGCCUUCCCCGACCAGCACACGGUGAAGAAGGUGAUCAAGGCGCUGCCGCGGGUGGGCGUCGGCAUCAAGUACGGCAUCCCGCAAACGCGCCGCGCGUCGAUGAUGUCGCCCCGGCAGCUGAUGCGCAACUCGAACAUGACGCAGAAGUGGCAGCGGCGCGAGAUCUCCAACUUUGAGUAUCUGAUGUUCCUGAACACGAUCGCGGGCCGCACGUACAACGAUCUCAACCAGUACCCGGUGUUCCCGUGGGUCAUCACCAACUACGAGUCGCGCGAGCUCGACCUCAGCCAGCCGUCGAACUAUCGCGACCUUUCCAAACCGAUCGGUGCGCUCAAUCCGAGUCGGCGCGAGUACUUCGAGGAGCGGUACGAAACGUGGGACACACCCGGCAUACCGCCGUUCCACUACGGCACGCACUACUCGACCGCCGCCUUCGUGCUGAACUGGCUGAUCCGCAUCGAGCCGUUCACGACGAUGUUCCUGGCGCUGCAGGGCGGCAAGUUUGACCAUCCCGAUCGGCUGUUCUCGUCCGUCGCGCUGUCGUGGAAGAACUGCCAGCGCGACACGUCCGACGUGAAGGAGCUCAUCCCGGAGUGGUACUUCCUGCCGGAGAUGUUCUACAACGCGUCCGACUACCGGCUCGGGCAGCGGGACGACGGCAGUACGGUCGGGGACGUCGAGCUGCCGCCGUGGGCGAAAACGCCCGAGGAGUUUGUGCGCAUCAACCGGAUGGCGCUCGAGUCGGAGUUCGUCUCCUGCCAGCUGCACCAGUGGAUCGACCUCAUCUUCGGCUACAAGCAGCGCGGCCCGGAAGCGAUGCGGGCGACGAACGUGUUCUACUACCUCACGUACGAGGGCAGCGUUGAUCUGGACACGAUCGGCGAUCCGGUGACGCGGGACGCGAUCGAGAAUCAGAUCCGCAACUUCGGUCAAACGCCCAGCCUGCUGCUGAUGGAACCGCAUCCGCCCCGGUCGUCCGCCAUGCACCUGUCGCCGAUGAUGUUCAACACGAUGCCGGACGAUGUGUGCAUGUCGCUCAAGUUCCACCUCAACUCGCCGAUCAUACACAUCUCGGCGAACACGUACCCGCAGCUGCCGCUGCCGUCGGUCGUCACCGUGACUGCGGGGCACCAGUUUGCGGUCAAUCGCUGGAACUGCCAGUACACCGCCAGCAUCCAGAGCCCGAGCUACGCCGAGUCGACGCAAAACCUGAACGCGAACUUGCCGCUCACGAUGGAUCCGCUGCUGUCACAAAUUAAUGGACACAACAACAGCAACCAGCAGAAUCGUCGCCACCUGGGCGACAACUUUAGCCAGAAGCUGCAGAUCAAGUCGAACUGCUACGUCACCACCGUGGACAGCCGAUUCCUGAUCGCGUGCGGCUUCUGGGACAACAGCUUCCGCGUGUUCUCUACCGAGACGGCCAAGAUCGUGCAGAUCAUCUUCGGUCACUUUGGCGUGGUGACCUGCCUGUCGCGGUCGGAGUGUAACAUCACGUCCGACUGCUAUAUUGCGUCCGGGUCGGCCGACUGCACCAUACUGCUGUGGCACUGGAAUGCCCGCACGCAGUCGAUUGUUGGCGAGGGCGAGAUACCAACACCUCGCGCUACGCUGACAGGACACGAGACGGCCGUCACAUCGGUGGUGAUCAGUGCCGAGCUCGGUCUGGUUGUUUCCGGUUCGAUAAACGGCCCGGUACUAGUCCACACGACGUUCGGUGAUUUGUUGCGGUCGCUGGAGGCGCCGAAGGAUUUCAUCUCGCCGGAAAACAUAACGCUCUCGCGCGAAGGUUUCAUCGUCGUCAACUAUGACGAGGGCAGCGUGGCCGCGUACACGAUCAACGGAAAGCUGCUGCGCUACGAGUCGCACAACGAUAAUCUGCAGUGCAUGCUGCUGUCUCGGGAUGGCGAAUAUUUAAUGACCGCCGGUAACAAGGGCAUCGUGGAGGUGUGGCGAACGUUCAACCUCGCACCGUUGUACGCUUUCCCGGCCUGCAACAGUGGUAUACGUUCGCUGGCCCUUACGCACGACCAGAAGUAUUUGCUGGCCGGUUUGGCGACUGGAUCCAUCAUCGUGUUCCAUAUCGACUUCAACCGCUGGCAUCACGAGUACCAGCAGCGCUACUGAAGCCUCCGUUGCUGCUCCGAUCUGAAGGCGCUAGCCAAACCGAAAUGUGACGUGACGGCACCAGCACCGAGUAGGAAGCCGAGCGCAGGACGAACGUGUGCGUGACAGUGCAAUCAACUUUCCGUCAGAACAGCGGAAUACAGGCGCGGGAAAGGUUCUGGUUACUGUUUCGAGCCGUGUUACCUUCACCCUUUGUAGUGGUGCAAGUAACACCACAGCAAACACACACAACAAACGCGCAUACAUGCAAGCCACAAACCGUGAAGUGCACCGACACUUAGAAAUUGCCAAACUCAAUUAAUUGCAUCCUUAAUCGCAACAUAGUUUUUAGUGAUAAAUUGCACGACGACUCGGUUUUCUGAACAGAACCGACGAAAUAGUGUGACGCAGCGAACGACGCAUGUACUUAAACCAUACUUUUAAUCGCAACAAAAAACAACUUACGUACGUGACAUCCCUAACCACACGUACACGUACCUACCCACACACAAAAGACUAAGCAAACAGAACUGGAACUCAAGCAUUCCAAUGAUGACGAUAGGGUUGAAGUGGUGAAGCGAACGAUUCCUCCAUUGUGCGUGUGGGGCAUACAUCCAAGAUGUUUUGUCGCUGUGGGGCUGGCAUAGGUGCAGCAGAGAGCAGAAAGGCAAACGAUACCCCACAUAAAAUCCCCGUUCACCGCACUCCGAUAGCUCCACCCCCCUACUCUCCUUACCCCACCUUUCCGUGGUUUUACUGCAUUGCAUUAACAUGAAGCAACUAGGGAAGCAUUUUAAUACGAAGAGAAGGAUGGAAGGAAAGAAUCACACAGCCACAACAACGGAUAGGAGGUUUAAAAUUAGCUAGCCUUUAUAUGGAAACCAUGCGUAGAGAGAAAAAAAACCCUCGGAUUAUUGAUCAUGUGAGGGUGAGUUAGUGAAACCUGCAUGGGGUUCUUAGGUGAAUCGUUUUGUCACGUUGCUGACAGGACACACGCAGCGGCAUGAUUCAGGUGCUGCCUGUCGUGUUGACACGGUUGAUUAUACGGUAUAAAGCUUUAUUUGAGAUUUGCAGCUCUAUUUGUUCUUUUUAACUGAAUCCUGUACAUGUUGUGCUUGAGGUGGAGUAAUGUUUUGUUUUUAUAUUUAUUCUUGGAGCUAAUCCAGUGCAGCUCUAGCUUUAUCCUACGUGUCCGUGUGCAUAUGUGUGUGAUACUGUACUGCUGUUAGCGUUCCUCUUUUUGUGAACCCCGUCCAAGUGUGGAUGUUUUAAGAAACUGGUUUUUUUUCUAUAUUUGGCAGCAUAUAAGCAAGCAAAUGCGUUCUGUGCCCCGAUAGCUUACAAUUGUCCUUUUGCAAGGACUAUUUACUCUUGGAUCCCGAGCAAAUAUCGUUAAUAGGGCUGUUGGCGCGGAACAGGAAAGGAUAAGCAAGCAAAUGAAACGCAAUAACUUAGUUGUAAACAAUAUCGAUAAACUACCUAGACUACCGUAAAGCAACAAAACACAUACACACAAAACCAACACAUGCUGACACAUAUACAGAACACCGAUUUACAUUAACGCAAGUUCAUUAGUACAUGAAUGCCAAAUUGUAAAGAUUUUAAUAACAGCCUUUUAAAGAAAUCGAUUAUAAAGCAAAACAAAAAAAUAUAUAUAUUAUACAUAUAUUGAGCUAACAGCAAGUUGCUGCAAUGUAGGUGGGGGUGGAUGUUAAUUGGAUGGGGGGGGGGGAGACGGUUACUGUGGAACUAAACAGAGGAGAGGUAAUACACUGCAUUUACAUUAUACGGGCGUAAGAGUGAGAGAAGUGCAAAGGUAGAAAAGUAAAGCAAAAAAAAAAAGAACAAGCAAACAAACAUACCCAAACGAAAUCAAAUGCCGCAGGUUUUGGCCUCUGAUUAGCGCGUGGCCACAUUAAAAAAAAACAGGAAAUGACGGUAAUGUAGAGAAAUUGGCGAAUUUGUGUGUAUGUACUAUUCGCAAGAUACAUUCCCCAAAUGGUAGUGCAAUGGUGAUGGUGGAGGUGAAAAGCUACAAGGCGUAUAGACGAGCGUAAUUAUAGCAUAAAUCACCAGUAGUAAUAUUAAUGGGUUAAGGACAAGACGUAAAACGGAAGGGUGAGAGAUAUCGAUAAAAAAACACAAGGCGAAGCAAAGAGUUAGAGAGAUAUGCAACAUUCUGAGGUUAUCCGUCCGCGAAUAUUUACAUUAGCCAUUACAUACAAACGAUUAAAAAACAUAUGAGUAAAGAAACCAAAGCUGAACGUAAAAAAAAAACAUUAACUAUGAAAAAGCUCUCCGAAUAUAUCAUCCCCCUCUUCCUUCCACCCCCCUACUUCAUCGAAACGCGCGUUUGCAAAUGCAAUUAAUUAUCUUCCGUAAAGCUCGCGGCAGAUGAAUCCGUUCGUUUAACCCAUUGUCCAAAUAGUAUGGCUUUCGGUUAUUUUUUUUUUUGUUAUUUUUUUAAUCGCGCGCACACACACAUACUCGUAUUUGGUUUUAAUUUGAUCGGUAGUGUAAUAACGUUUAAUGAAGGCAACCAGCAACUACAAAAAAGGGUGAAGCGCGCGUAAACGCGAUCGUUUUACAUAAAAACAUACCCACACAUACACAUACACAAAUUCGCCGCUUAAAACGUAACACGAGUCAUAGAAGUGAAAAUGCGAGAUAUUUAAAAAAAAAGAAAAAAAAGCGGAAGAGCGAGAGAAAAAUGCAACUAACGCAAAACCUUAUUUCACGUGCCAAAAUAAUAUUAAAUAGAACAAUAUUAAAACAAUACAAGUGAAAGUCGGAAGCAAGUGAGCGCGCACGCACGCACACAGUACGAUACAUUCAAAUCGAUAUCAGCAGUAAUGAGAACUUGUGGGAGACUGAGGAUGGGAGACACUCACACACAGCCAACAAAAGCUGAAAGGAGUAGUAACACAGAAAAGGAAAAGCAAACAUACAAAAAAUCAAUUGCAAAAAAAGGAAAAUACAAAAAAUAAGAAACAGAGACAGAAAGCAAACAACAUUCUAAGUAAGCAAAUGUUUAAAAGAAAAAGACACACAAAAAACAAAAAUCCUGCCUAAAUGUGCUCGUGUAGUAUUUAAAAAACAAAAAAAGUACUUAAUGGGGAAAAAAUCAACAAAAAAAGUAAGUUUGAUAAACGCUUAAAACAGCAAACAUUAAUUAAACUUCUUAAGCUACGUCUGGAAGUAAAACAGAAAAGAUGAAGAAAACAGGUACCGACGAGUAGAAUGGAAAAAGGUGUGUGGGCAAAUGUCGGCAAAUGGGAACGGAAGAGAGAGGGUACGCCGUAAACGUUAGCAGUACGAGGAGUGGCUUGUGUGUGUGUACCAAAGCAA